AUGUAGCUUAGCUUGCUAGGAUUCGGUGAUAAAUGGCUUCUGUUAAUCGAAUCUAUAUUCUUUGGCACUGCAUCUAUAUUCAUUCUAGCAAUUAGUUACCGAGCUCGCAAGCUAGAGGAGGAGCAUAUAGAUUAAUAUAAUAGAUCUAGUUCUCAUGUUGCUCAAGUUCAAAAGAGAACUUUCUAUAACAUUUUCAUAAAGAAAAAUGGGAGUAAUGACAAUAACUAUAAGGAUCCGAGAGAGGGAAUGUACUUUAAGUCUAUGUUCUACAAUUUCCUUUGCUUCACCUGCUUUUUCAGAACCAUCGGAUGCUUGGUCAUACUAGGUACAACCUACAAAACUAAUCUGUAUUGGCUUUAUAUAUUGAUGGCUUAACUCCCUAGUCUUUUAUUUUUCACAACAUUCUCAGUGUUUAUAUACUUUUUUGCAAGAAUCGUGAUGGAAGAAGAGUCUGAGAACAACAGAUACCUGUAUUUUGACAAUCCUUAGUUCUUGAAAGCAAUAUGUGGACUCUUUGGAGUGGUCUACCUAGUAUUUGCCAUUUGCAUGACGAAUUAUGGAAUGAGAUUGACUCUAAUAUUGUCCAAUAAAAUAGAAAACUGUGAGAGGGAAGAAGUUCAAAUACUCAAGGCUUACAAUGUGAGAGUCAUAUCUAUCACAGUUAUAAUGUCAUUGAUUUUUGCAGUCAGAGCUGUGUAUAAUUUACUGUUCACUUGGGGCCUUGUACCAAGAUACUUUCCAGAAACAGUCAAUCCAAUAUUCUGGGAAUCACUAACUUGCAAGCGCUGA